ACUAAUCAUCAACCGUUAACCAAUCAGCUUAGGACAAGCGCCCUACAAAUUUGGCUCCGCCCCAUUCACACCAGAAAAAUUCCCCAAAUUCAAAAAUCGAUCUCCUAUUUCUCGAAAAAUCGCUCAUUUUACCGAAUAUUCGAAUUUUCGGUUCCUAAUAUUACAAUCCCUGAUAUAAAAAUAAGCAAAGUUUCGAUAACUCUUUUUGAUUUAGCUCCCAAUUCUCCUUCUAAAAUAUCUCCAUUGUUGAAAAAGGAGUGGGACCUCUAAUAUCAUUGUUGUGGCAAAACUUCUGCGUCAUUAUCAAUCAUGAAGUACCUGGAAUACACCCCUCUUGAUCGGAUAAAUGAUUUUCUGAGUCAUGUGAAUCUUGGAGAGCGAACCAUUAAAGGAUGUCUCGAAGCGUACUCUUGUAAACAUACUGGAACAGAUAAGAAACUUUCGCUUAGUUUGGAGAAUGAGAUUUUUGAUUAUCUUGGAAGAUCUUCGGACACCGAUUCUUCUUCACCUGUUGAAUAUCUAAGCUGCAGAUCGAGUCGGAAAACAUUGAUAUAUCUACUCCUUACUCUCUAUCACAUGUAUCCAGAUUAUGACUUCAGAGCAGUGAAAGCUCACCAGUUUUUCACUGAAGAGAGCUGGGACAGUUUUAAGCAGAUAUUUGACAUCUACAUGUUUGAGGCUUCAAAGGAGUGGCUUGAUGCGAAUGAAGGCAGUCCUCUGCUUGAAACUCUGUACAAGGCUUUAGACGAGGUUGUGAAAGUUGCUGAAUGUGAGAUCUACACUUACAAUCCAGAGGCAGAUGCAGAUCCAUUUCUUGAGAGAGGAGCCAUAUGGUCCUACCACUUCUUCUUCUACAAUAGAAAGUUGAAACGUGUUGUGAGUUUCCGCUUCAGCUGUGUGAGUAACUUGGUUGGUGAAGGAUGUUUGUUGGACAGCUCAAGUUUUGAGGAUGACGGAGAGAUAUUCGAUGGCAUGGACAUGUGAAUAUAACAUUUUGUUCAUGGCACGUUGUUGAUGUCGUAUAGGCUUAAAUCUUGUAUGAAAAUCAGUUUGUACAAUUGACAGUAGGUACUGAAACAUAAAUAAGCAUCAUCCUUGUCUAGUUCGGAGGUUGAGGUAGCAAUUCUCGCUGCUUCCUGAUUUGUCUUAUAAUUUCUGUUAGUAUGUCAUGAAGAUUUGUAAAGUUGUGCUUGGCAAUAAUGUUGCUUCCUCGUCUGGUCUGCUUGUAGUAGUUCUUUUUGUUAUUUGAAUUCAAUUCUCUUUCUAUGUUCCACAGCCUUUGUAACAUG